UUGCCUCGGAGGCAGGGCGAUGGGGGCUAGGGCCGGGCCGGCGGCGGUCCUGGGGCUAGUGGCGCUGGUGGCUCUCUGGCCCGGCGCCCGGGCAGGCUGCGCGGAAGAAGGGCGCUGCUGCCCGGGCCGAGAUUCGACGUGCGUCGCUACCGGGUGGCGCUUGAGCCGAGCCUACGGGACCUGCUUCUGCGACGAGGCGUGCAAGACGACCGGCGACUGCUGCUAUGACUACGCCCAGGCGUGCCCAGCUCUUCCAUGCAUUGUUGGAGAAUGGACUCAAUGGAGUGGCUGUGCAGGACAGUGUAAACCUAACUUACGAAUGCGAACACGCGUCAUACGGCAGGAACCAAAAAAUGGUGGUGAUCCUUGUCCUCCAUUAGAAGAAAAGGCUGGCUGUUUGGAGUAUACUACGUAUCAAGGGCAAGAUUGUGCGGAUGAGCACGUUCCUGCUUUCAUAACAACUUCUGAAUAUAGUAGAGAGAGGAAAAAACGAGCUGUACACCCAAGGUGGUCUUCAGAAACAGAAGAUUCCAGGAGCUACUGUGUGGAGUUUAGAACAGAAACAUUGUCUCCUCACUGCUCUGUGGAAAGUCGCCCAUAUGCCCGAUGGAUGCAGUAUCUACGAGAAGGAUAUACUGUGUGUGUGACUUGUCAGCCUCCAGCUAUGCACACUGGCAGACAUAGAUGUUCUGGAGAUGGCAGUGAUGCAGAUGGGAAUGCAGUUCUUCAGUGGCAAGCAGUUGGCAAUCCUUUAUGCCAUGGAACAUGGAAAAAAGUUCAGCAAAUGGAAGAAUGUUCAUGUCCUCUUGUACAUAGCUUUAUUUUUACAUAAUAAUUUGAAUUUAUACCUUUUAAUAUCUUUAAUUGAAUUGAUCUGGAAACUACACUACUGUUGGGCCUGUGUAACUCUGUUGCUUUUGAAAAACAGCCAAGUCAAGAUUUUGGAAUCAUUCUUUGUGCUCUUUCUUGCAGAAAUUAGAAUGGAGUUAAACUGAACCAUGUUAUAAUUAGUUAUAUUUCUGCAGUGGCAUUUUUUACUUUCACAUAAUCCACUGGCAGCAAUGCUUGCAUAAGUCCCAUAUAAAUGGAGAUUUAGGAAAGUAUUUGCAACCACUUUAGAAGAGCCUAGUGAGUCCCACAGCAUACUCAUCAUAUGGUCCUUGAGAGAUAUUUGCCGGAGGCCUAUCUGCAUCACAUGAACUAAUGAUAGGGGUAG